CGCCAACGGCCCAUUUGUCGAGCGGCGCCGCUGCCACCACUUGUCUUCCCGAAGGUGUCCCAACACUUUUGUCCAGCUCACAUCUUUUUUUUUAUUCAGAGCUUUAUUGAACACUUUGGACACGCACACGCAGACAAUGGAGAGCAAGUCUAACGUGACCCGGACACAAGAUGACGUAAGGCGGAGUUAGCUUAGCGGCUAACGCAGCGCAGGAGGGCGGAAGCCAGCCAUCUGAUGACGGGCUUGUGAGGCGGUGUCACCGCCGUGCUCAGCGCCAGAUGACCCCCAACGACGUGUUGACAAAAGGUUCCGGACCUCCCCAUGGCUGGUUAUGACGAGGACAUCGCUAAGAACCCCUUCUACUUGGCGCUGGAAAAGCAGAGGCCUGACCUGUGCGCCCAAGUGGCCCAGCUCCACGGCAUCGUUCUGGUGCCGUGCUGUGUCAGUCUGGGCCAGAGCAGCCUGUCCAGCUGCCACUUUGACAGCUACGUGCUGCAGCCUGGAGAAGGGCGCUACCACACCGCUGAUGGACAGGAGGUCAGGAUCCAGGAAAGGCAGGUCCUGCUGGGGUCCGGCUCGUCCGUCCCCAUCCUGUUCGAGGAGACCUUCUACAACGAGCGGGAGCAGAGCUUCAGCAUCCUCUGCAUCUCCCGGCCCGUCGAGGCGGCGCCAGGCCCGGCCGAGCUCGGCCCGUCUGCGCCGUACUGCUUGAAGAGUCUGGAGGAGGUGGAGGACUUCCUGGGCCGCCAUGUCCACAAGUUGGACAAGAUGAUCCUCAACUUCUGCCAGGCCUUCAAGGAGCACGAGAGGAAGGGACUCCGACACCACAUGGACUCAGUCCAUGGGCUGUACACUCGAUGUCUUCAGUGUUUGCUGAGAGACUCUCGUCUGAAGGUCCUGGCCAAGCAGGAAGUCCAGAUGAACGUGCUGAAGCAAGCAGUGGAGGUCUACCUCCAUCACGGCAUCCACGGCCUCAUCUUCAACUACGUGGGCUCGCUCGAAGCCAGCCAGGACGCCGCCUUCAACAAGACCACCCGGAGUCUGCAGGAGCUCCAGCACAAAGACUUGGGAGUCAAGCCCGAGUUCAGCAUCAACAUGUCUCGCGCCAAACGAGAGCUGAGUGGACUCAACCGGCAGACGUCGCCGCUGCUCAAACUCCUCUGCCUGCGUCGUGUCGCCCUGAUCGCCACGCACACGCCCACCUCCGCAGUCAGCAUCGAAGCUGUGUGCGCAGAUGACCUGCUCUCCGUCAUCCUCUACCUUCUGAUCAAGAUGGACGUCCCCAACUGGAUGGCCAACCUGAGCUACAUGAAGAACUUCUGCUUCAGUCACUCCGGCAAAGAUGAGCUGAGCUACUGCCUGAGCACCUUUGAGGCCGCGGUGGAGUACAUCAACCUGGGCAAAGUGCACCAGGCGCUCUCGGGUUGCGUUCAGGUGAGCAAGGCGAAGCUGACACAGAAUCUGAGUCUGGCGGUUCAAAGCGCCGCCACGCCCGUCAGCUGUCUGUUUGAGCACAUUGCAAAUGGAAACGAGGCGGAGGUGGAGCGUCUGCUGAGCGUAGGCAAAAGCGAAGAGGACGGCCCAACGUGUCACCCCCUCUGCUCCUGUGAAGUCUGUGACCUGCAGCUCUCCGGGAAGUUGAACGAUCCGUCCAUCAUCACCUCCUUCUCCAGGGACGACAGGGGUUACACGCCCCUGCACGUCGCCGCCGUCUGCGGCCAGGCUCAUCUGAUCGACCUACUGGUGUCCAAACUGGGAGCACCAGUCAACGCCACGGAUUACCACGCCCUCACACCGCUGCACCUGGCGUGUCAGAAGGGAUACCAGGGGGUCACGCUGCUGCUGCUGCACUACAAGGCGGACGGCGACGCUCAGGACAACAACGGCAACACGCCGCUGCACCUGGCGUGCAUGUACGGCCACGAGGACUGCGUGAAGGCCCUGGUCUACUACGACUUCCAAACGUGCAGCUUGGACCUGCAGAACGACAAAGGGGACACGCCGCUGCACUUGGCGUCGCGCUGGGGCUACGAGGGCAUCAUCCAGGUCCUCCUGGAGAACGAGGCCGCCGUCAACGUGCUCAACAAGAACCGGGACACGGCGCUUCAUUGUGCGCUCAACUCCAAGAUCGUCACGCUGAUAAAGUCGACGCGGAGCAGCCGGCCGUGCAGGAGCACCGCCGGCGUUCACGCGAGUGUCCCCGCCUCCCCCGCGGCGUCCGACUGCAGCAGCCGGCGCUCGUCCGUGUCCAGCACCUCCUCUCCGGGCUGCCAGCUCCAACCCGAGCGGGCGCUGGUGCGACAUCGCCAGGUGGAGAAGCUGCUGCGUGCGGUGGCGGACGGCGACGUGGAAAUGGUGCGCUACCUGCUGGAGUGGACUGAUGACGAGGAGGAGGGACAGAUCUUGUCCCAGGUGCCGCUGUGCCACCCGCUGUGCCAGUGUCCCACCUGCGCGCCGGGUCAGAAGGUGUGCGCGGCGCAGGCGGGCGCGCUGGGCGUCAACAGCUGCAACGCCGCCGGCUUCACGCCGCUCCACGUGGCCGCCACGCACGGACACGCCGAGCUGACCUCGCUGCUGCUGCGCCACGGGGCCCGCGUCAACGGGCACGGCAACCAGCAGGCCACGCCCCUUCACCUGGCCAGCCAGAACGGCCACCCGCAGGUGGCGGUCUCCCUGCUGGAGUGCAACGCCAAGCUCAACAAAAAGGACCGCCACGGCAACACGGCCCUGAUCCUGGCGUGUCUCGACGGCAACCUGGACACCGCCGACGUCCUCCUACAGAGCCAGGCGCUGGUGAACGCCGCCAACCAUCAGGGGAACACGGCGCUGCACGAGGCGGUGCGGGGCGGACACCCGGCGCUGGUGGAGCUGCUGCUGAGGGGCGGAGCCUGCCCGGAGCUCAGGAACAAGAGGCAGAGGACGCCGCUGGACAGCGCCUACGAGCUCGGCGGCAAGAACUCUGAGAUCCUGCGAGCGCUGCAGAAGGCGUCCGGACUCUCCCCCGACGACGAGCCCAUCAAGCUGCUCUCCGUGCCCAAAGGCACUCUGGCACACACCUUCGUGCAGCGCCUCAGGACCAACGACCUCCUCUCUGGACACAAGCACGCCGCCAGCAGGAUUGAGAAGGCGAAGAGAAACUCCUGCAGUCCUUCUCGCCCGGCCGCCCGGGUCAGGACAGUCGCCAAGGACCAGGCGGGUGGAAGAAGCCACGCCCCCCGCCUGGCUCGCUGGCACACGCUGGACUCCGAGGAGCGGGCGCCGCCGUCGCCGUCCAACGUGCGCACGCUUGGCGCACGAGCGCGGACAUGCAGCUUCGACGACGAUAGCGCUAUGAUGUCAUCAUCGGACAACUCGCCUCCGUUGACGCUCGCCUCCGUGACACGCCCCCAAAUCUGUCUGAACGGAGGGCGUGAUGAUGAGUCACAUGACCUGCGCUCUGCACCCUCCACCGCGCUUGAACUCCACCACCACGUGCACGCUCAUGAUGGCGCUACUGGUGCGCCUCAUCGCCGAGACACGCCCCUUUCCAGUGACACACGCCAUUGUCAAGACACACCCCUAUCCAGUGAUACGCCCCAUUGUAGUGACACACCCCAUUGUCAAGACACGCCCCUUUCUAGUGAUACACACCUUUGCAGUGACACGCCCCAUUUCAGUGAUACACACCUUUCCAGUGACACACCCCAUUGUCAAGACACGCCCCUUUCCAGUGAUACGCCUCAUUGUCAAGACACGCCCCUUUCCAGGGAUACACACCUUUCCAGUGACACGCCCCAUUGUCAAGACACGCCCCUUUCCAGUGAUACACACCUUUCCAGUGACACGCCCCAUUGUCAAGACACGCUCCUUUCCAGUGAUACACACCUUUCCAGUGACACGCCCCAUUGUCAAGACACGCCCCUCUCCAGUGACACGCCCCAUUGUCAAGACACGCCCCUCUCCAGUGACGCGCCCCAUUGUCAAGACACGCCCCUUUCCAGUGAUACACACCUUUCCAGUGACACACCCCAUUGUCAAGACACGCUCCUUUCCAGUGAUACACACCUUUCCAGUGACACACCCCAUUGUCAAGACACGCCCCUCUCCAGUGACACGCCCCAUUGUCAAGACACGCCCCUCUCCAGUGACGCGCCCCAUUGUCAAGACACGCCCCUUUCCAGUGAUACACACCUUUCCAGUGACACACCCCAUUGUCAAGACACGCUCCUUUCCAGUGAUACACACCUUUCCAGUGACACACCCCAUUGUCAAGACACGCCCCUCUCCAGUGACACGCCCCAUUGUCAAGACACGCCCCUCUCCAGUGACGCGCCCCAUUGUCAAGACACGCCCCUUUCCAGUGAUACACACCUUUCCAGUGACACACCCCAUUGUCAAGACACGCCCCUUUCCAGUAAUACACACCCUUCCAGUGACACACCCCAUUGUCAAGACACGCCCCUUUCCAGUGAUACACACCUUUCCAGUGACACACCCCAUUGUCAAGACACGCCCCUCUCCAGUGACACGCCCCAUUGUCAAGACAUGCCCCUUUCCAGUGAUACACACCUUUCCAGUGACACACCCCAUUGUCAAGACACGCCCCUCUCCAGUGACACGCCCCAUUGUCAAGACACGCCCCUUUCCAGUGAUACACACCUUUGUAGUGCAACGCCCCAUUUCAGUGAUACACACCUUUCCAGUGACGCGCCCCAUUGUCAAGACACGCCCCUUUCCAGUGAUACACACCUUUCCAGUGACACACCCCAUUGUCAAGACACGCUCCUUUCCAGUGAUACACACCUUUCCAGUGACACACCCCAUUGUCAAGACACGCCCCUCUCCAGUGACACACCCCAUUGUCAAGACACGCCCCUUUCCAGUGAUACACACCUUUCCAGUGACACGCCCCAUUGUCAAGACACGCCCCUCUCCAGUGACACGCCCCAUUGUCAAGACACGCCCCUUUCCAGUGAUACACACCUUUGUAGUGCAACGCCCCAUUUCAGUGAUACACACCUUUGUAGUGACACGCCCCAUUGUCAAGACACGCCCCUUUCCAGUGAUACACACCUUUGUAGUGACACGCCCCAUUGUCAAGACACGCUCCUUUCCAGUGACACACACCUUUGUAGUGACACACCCCAUUGUCAAGACACGCCCCUUUCCAGUGAUACACACUUUUGUAGUGACACACCCCAUUGUCAAGACACGCCCAUCUCCAGUGACACGCCCCUUUCCCCAGACACGCCCCCCUCUAGCGAUAUGCCCCUUAGUCAAGACACACCCUUUUCCAGUGACACACCCCAUUGUCAAGACACGCCCCUUUCCAGUGAUACACACCUUUGUAGUGACACACCCCAUUGUCAAGACACGCCCCUUUCCAGUGAUACACACCUUUGUAGUGACACACCCCAUUGUCAAGACACGCCCCUUUCCCGUGAUACACACUUUUGUAGUGACACACCCCAUUGUCAAGACACGCCCAUCUCCAGUGACACACCCCUUUGCCCAGACACGGCCCCCUCUAGCGAUAUGCCCCUUAGUCAAGACAUGCCCAUAUCUAAUGUUCAAGACACGCCCCUUUCUUGUGACACGCCCCAUUACAAAGACACGCCCCACUCCACUGACAUGCCCAUAUCUAGUGGACAGGACACACCCCUUUCUAGUGACACGCCCAUCUCCAGUGACACGCCCCUUUGUCAUGACACGGCCAUAUCUAAUGUCCAAGACACGCCCCUUUCCAGUGACACGCCCCAUUCCCAAGACACGCCCCUUUACAAAGACACGCCCCCCUCUAGUAAAAUGCCCCUUUGUGAAGACACGCCCAUAUCUAGUGGCCAAGACACACCCCAUUCUAGUCACGCGUCCCUUUGUAGCAAACUGCCCAAUGGCCAAGACACACCCCUUUCUAGUGACACACCCCUCUCUAGUGAUACCCCCCAUUGCCAAGACAAACCCCUUUCUAGUGAAACACCGCAUUGAGAAGAUACACCCCUUUCCAGUGACACACCCCUUUGCCAAGCCACGCCCCUUUCCAGUGACACACCCCCAAUAAUAAGACACACCCCUUUCCAGUGACAGCAUGCUAACAGUAGCAUGAUGACAUAGGACCUACUUCUUCUAAGAUAUAAUGCGCCUCUGUCAAGACACACCCCUUUCUAGUGACACACCCCUUUCUAGGGAUACAUCCCAUUGACAAAAUAUGCCCCAUUGCCAAGACAUACCCCAAUGCCCCUAUGCCAAGACACGCCCCUUUCCAGUGAUAUGCCCCAUUGCCAAGACACGCCCCUUUCCAAUGAUAUGCCCCAUUGUUAAGACACUCCCCUUUCCAGUGAUACACCCUUUUGCCAAGACACGCCCCAUUGCAAAGACACGCCCUCUCCUUUCUAGGGAUACACCCCAUUGAUAAAACACGCCCCAUUGCCAAGAAACACCCCUUUACAGUGACACACCCCUAUACCCCUAUGCCAGGACACGCCCCUUUUCAGUGAUAUGCUCCAUUGCCAAGACACACCCCUUUCCAGUGACACACCCCUAUACCAAGACACGCCCAUUUCCAGUGAUACACCCUUUUGCCAAGACACGCCCCAUUGCAAAGACACGCCCAUAUCUCAUGUCCAAGACACACCCUUUUCUAGUGACACACCCUUUUGCCAAGACAUGCCCCUUUCCAGCAACACAUCUUUUUGCCAAGACACGCCCCAUUACAAAGACACGCCCCUCUCCAGUGAUACGCCCAUAUCUCGUGUCCAAGACUCGCCCCUUUCUAGUGACACACCCCUCUCCAGUGACACACUCCAUUGCCAAGACACGCCCCUUUCCAGUGAUGUGCCCCAUUGCCAAGACACACCCCUUUCCAGUGACACACCCUAUGCCAAGACACGCCCCUUUCCAGUGAUGUGCCCCAUUGCCAAGACACGCCCCUUUCUAAUGAUAUGCCCCAUUGCCAAGACACACCCCUUUCCAGUGGCACACCCAUUGCAAAGACACGCCCCUCUCCAGUGAUACGCCCAUAUUUCGUGUCCAAGACACACCCCUUCCAGUGAUGCACCCCAUUGAGAAGACACACCCCUUUCCAGUGAUACGCCCCAUUUCCAAGACACGCCCCUUUGUCAAGACAUGCCCAUAUUUUGUGUCCAAGACACGCCCCUUUCUAGUGACACACUCCAUUGCCAAGACACGCCCCUUUACCAUGACACACCCUUUUCUACACCUAUAUUUAUGUAUUUAUAGGAGUAUUGCAGUACUGUGACAUAUGUGCUACUGCAAUACUUAUCAUUGGGAAUAUGGAUUUUAUUUGUACAUUAAAUGUACAAGAAUGCUCAAGUACUCCUUUCUUAUACUUUGUUACACCCGAGGGCGGGUGGGGGGGGGUUGG